GCCUGUGCCGGGCGAUCGCGAGCUGCCGGGAAUGACGGCUCCGCGGAGGGGGGAUCGCGAGGGGCCGCCGGGCAGCACGAAACCAAUGCAUGAGAAAGCAGGGCUCAUGCACAGCCUGGACAAACUGGAGGCAUUACACAAGGAAAAGAGCUUGGAUUCUCCAAAUGGCAGCCUGCACCUGAGUGAUGCCAUAAAGGAGGAGGAGUUAAAGAAAUGCCGCAGCGAAGUCACGCCUCCAAAUAAAUACAAUUCUCAGUACCACAAGUUGUUCAAGGACAUCCCUACCGAGGAGAGUGUGCUGAAAGUCUGCUCCUGUGCUCUCCAGAGAGACAUCCUCAUCCAAGGCCGUCUCUACAUCUCCCCAAACUGGCUUUGUUUCUAUGCAAACCUUUUUGGGAAGGAUAUCAAGGUUGUUAUUCCUGUUGUCUCUGUCCAACUGAUAAAAAAGCACAAAACGGCUCGCCUGUUGCCGAAUGGACUCGCUAUCACCACCAAUGCCAGCCGAAAGUACAUCUUCGUGUCCCUGAUCUCUAGAGACAGUGUGUACGAUGUGCUGCGGAGAGUCUGCACCCACUUGCAGGUCUCAAGCAAAAAGAGCCUGAGCUUGAAGGAACUGACUGAAGAGCCUGACACGGUUUCACUGGAGGUGAUUGUCCCAGAAGUGAAGUGGAGGAAGGGCUCGCCGGCUUCGUUGUCCCUGGCCCUCCCAGAUGCAGGCUUCCAGUGCAUCCACCGGGCAUCUAUCAGCAGCCUCAGCACAAAGGAGAGCUCUUGUAACUCGGAGGAGCCCCUAGUAUCAGAAAGUGCAAUAAACACUGAAGAGGAGUUGGAGGUGGAGCAGAGCUACCAAGCAGAGUUGAGGCCAUCUGAUUAUCAGCUGCUGAAAAUCUUCAUUGUCUUGAUCUGCCUCCUGGUGGUCUCCUCCUCCUACCUGGCUUUUCGCAUCUUCCGCCUGGAGCAGCAGCUCUGCUCUUUGAACCGGGACUAUCUCUCGCGUGUGCCCCGGAGGUGACUGUGGGCUCAAUAAAGACAAUGGAGAAAACAGCGCCCGUAAACAUAGACCUGUGCUGCGUCCAAGGAGUUAACACGACUGCUGUGAAGCCAGAGCAAAUGAGCCCCAUGCUCUGUGCUCCUCCUGGACCAAAGCUCUCUGCUUCCAGUGGUGAAAUCUAGAAGUGCUUUCUUGCCGUCAGCAACCCAUUGGGACGCUUGGCCAACAGUAGCCAAUGCAGCAGCUUCCAGAUGUUGUUGGGCGAUGACGUCCAUCGUCCCUGGCUGUUGGCGGGAGUCCAGCAACAUCUAGAGGGGACCCUGCGGCUGCCGAACUGGCUGUACAUGGGCAGCAGUGGUGCUUGUGAGAGUUGCCAAGGGUUGCCAGUGCAAUAGUGUCUCCAUUGAUGGUGUCUCUGGCCAUACCUUCCAAAGGCUCUUCAGCCACUGAAGACGUUGGGUAGCUUGCUCUCUAGAGCUGCAAGAAAAUUUGGAACUGCAGGGCUUCCUCUGAGGCUCCCCUUUGUAUUUCAAAACUGCAAUGUCUUCCCGGGGCUUUGCUCCAGAAGGGCUGACUGUUACCACCAGCAAACUGUUGUGGCUGGUCCUCUUUCGCAUCCUAAUGCAUCCUAGCAAGGUCUGAAGAAGUAGCUGGGUUCUCUUCUAGGAGGACUCUGGACUGCUGCUAGCUCUCGCUGCUUUCUUUCCCCUGGAGGAAAGGGGUACCAGGAGAAAGUUGGUGUUGGAUUUUUUUGCUGCAGCGAAAAGCUCUGCCUUGGAAGGAAGACGGAGGUAUCCUUUGCCCAGGGCAGUGAAAUCAUCUCCAUUAGAAUCCAUCUUCUUGCACUAACAGGAUUCCUGUUGUCCAGGGAAUGCUGCUGGAGCAAUUCUUGUGGCCCUGCAAAAUUACUGUAACCGCUGCAGCAACGUUCAGCUAAGGGACCCUGUGAACUGCCAGGCAGGCCCUGAACACUCAUGGAAAGACGCCACGGGUAUGCACUUUCUGGGGACAGAUAUGACUUAGUGGUGCAUGUGGCCCUCGAAGCACUUUACGUGGGUCUGCCCCACUUAACCCAAGGGCUUUGCAGCUUGGCACUGACAUGAGGAAGCAGAGACAGGGGGCUUGGCUGGAGUAAAGCAAGCUGAUCGCUCCAUUUCUUU